ACUGGCGCCCAUGCGGCUCUACACACUCUCUAAGCGUCACUUUGUCCUCGUGUUUGUCGUUUUCUUCAUCUGUUUUGGACUGACCGUCUUCGUUGGGAUUGAGGGACCCAAAGUGAUCCAGACUUCUGCUGCUAAUUUUUCACUGAAUAAUAGCAAAAAGCUAAAGCCAAUUCAAAUACAUUCAAACCCACUGUCUACAUAUAACCAACAACUAUGGCUGACGUGUGUGGUUGAGCUGGAGCCCUCAGAAGAAACAUCUAUUAAAACCAGCUUCUCCAUGACUGUGAAAGUCAAUGGUGUGGCUCAAGAUGGAACCACGAUCUACAUUCAUAACAAGGUUCACAAUCGGACAAGGAUGCUCUCAUGUGCAGGGAAAUGUGCAGAAAUCAUCGUGGCCCACCUUGGCUACCUGAAUUACACGCAGUACACAGUGACCGUGGGAUUUGAACACCUGAACCAGCCCAUCAAGGAGAUGAACUUCACUGUUACACAGACCCCUGUCCCAUCCACCUUCACCCUGCGCACACUUCUCUGUUUCCUCUUUCAGUGGAAAACAUACAACCCUGCAUUUUCCCAGCUGGAGCUCUGGUUCCGCUUCGUGUUUGUGGUUCUCACCUUCAUCGUCACUUGCCUGUUUGCACAUUCCCUGCGCAAGUUCUCCAUGAGAGACUGGGGCAUCGAGCAGAAAUGGAUGUCUGUCCUCCUGCCGCUGCUGCUGCUCUACAACGACCCGUUCUUCCCGCUCUCCUUCCUGGUGAACAGCUGGCUCCCAGGGAUGCUGGAUGACUUCUUCCAGUCUCUGUUCCUUUGUGCCCUGCUGCUCUUCUGGCUGUGCGUGUAUCAUGGGAUACGGGUCCAGGGAGAAAGAAAAUGCUUAACUUUCUAUUUGCCUAAAUUCUUCAUCGUUGGACUGUUGUGGCUGGCUUCCGUUACACUGGGAAUAUGGCAGACAAUUAAUGAACUACACGACCCCAUGUACCAGUAUCGUGUUGACACGGGAAACUUCCAGGGUAUGAAGGUCUUCUUCAUGGUGGUGGCCGCUCUAUACGUUUUAUACCUCCUGUUCUUGAUAGUGCGAGCAUGCUCUGAGCUCCGUCACAUGCCUUAUGUGGAUCUCAGGUUAAAGUUUUUGACUGCAUUGACCUUUGUAGUGCUGGUUAUUAGCAUCAUCAUCCUCUAUCUAAGGUUUGGAGCACAAGUGUUACAAGACAACUUUGUAGCGGAACUGUCGGCUCACUACCAGAAUUCAGCGGAAUUCCUGUCUUUCUAUGGCCUGCUGAACUUUUAUCUGUACACGCUGGCCUUCGUGUACUCUCCGUCCAAGAAUGCUCUGUACGAGUCCCAGCUAAAAGACAACCCUGCAUUUUCCAUGCUGAAUGACUCUGAUGACGAUGUGAUUUACGGGAGUGACUAUGAAGAAAUGCCCCUCCAGAACGGCCAGGCCAUCCGGGCCAAGUACAAGGAAGAGUCGGACAGUGACUGAGCCCUGGCAGCAGAUGGGACAGCAAGGGGGGCAGAGGCCUUCCUUAGUGAUGUGCCCUGGACCUUUCCUCUGUGUGUUUUUGGACUCCUGUAAGCAAGGAUUUUCCCGUUCCUUAUUUGUUUACAUAUUUUUAAAAGAAAAACCAAAUGGAUUGAAAUGUUGGUUGCAGUUUGCUGUCAGGGCAGCUCCACUAUUGAUUAAGAGGCUGGCUGGCAGAGAAGCCAAAGGCAAAUCCUUUCACAGAAACACCGGAUGAGAAGGAGCCUGUGUGUGAUGAGGAGGAGAAAUUAUCCAGCUUAAUAAAAAGAAUUAUGUACUUUGUUCCUCUUACAAAGCAAUUUGCUAACUCUUGAGUCUGUGGAAGACCUGAUGACUGAGGUCCCAGCACGGCAGUCUCUUCUCCAUGUCACCUUUCCUUAGUGCUCUACCCUCAAAGGGAAGCUGGGCCUGCACCGGCCUCAGUGGGCAGUCUGCUGCCAUCUCCACAGACACAUGGAGUGGUCCCUGCGCUGACUCCCAAGCAUCUGGAAUGAUGGCUUUGAUUCCAUUUGGUGAGCCACAUACAAUGGAACUUGGCUAGGUGCAGUCUGACUCUGCCCCAGAGCAGAAGUGAUAACACAGUUGAGUCGGUGUGUGUGUGUGCGCGCGCGCAUCUCAGACAGCAAAGGUGUCUACAAGCCAGUAUCCCUGUGGGCAAGGUAUUGUGCCACGGUGCUUUUGAAGGGUCUGUGUGCAAGGGUCUGUCUACGUGAUAGGACUGGGCGGAAAACAGGGUGGCCCUUCCCAUUCCAGGUUUCUGCAACUCCACUGAGUACGAGACCCAAGAGCUCUUGUUUGGUUUUUUUUUUUUUUUUUUUUUUUUUUUUUUUUUUUUUUUUUUUAUGACAGCUACAUGAAAAACUACUAUAUUAGAAAUUCUUUAUUGCCAAAAAGGUUUCCAGUUUAACAUUUGGCACUGAAAUGAAGAGAAAGUUAAACAUUUUGAAUGCCUAUGGAAGCACAUUCAGAUAAAGGAACUUCCUUGAAGGUCGUUGUCCUUGGAGUUUUGCCCUAUGGAAAGUGGAUAUCACCCACACUAGUGAAAUUCAGCAUUGGAAGUCCUGAGUACCAUUGCCUUCCGUCAUGUCCCAUGGAGUCUCCCCACACGUGACACCUUUGUGAACACAGCCUGGGGAAUGGUAGCCGUCCUCCCUGCCUCUGUCCUGGUAAAUCCAGAGGCCCAGGAACAGGUGAACCCCUCUUCAGGCAACACCACGUUCCCUUCAUCUAUGCACCAACUCAGAUCUCUGCUCUGAGCUGCAGGUUACUGCCCAGGUGGACCGGGACCCCAGGGAUGCCUGGAGACUCUUCAUUCUGCCUGCCUGUCUUUCUUAAACCUCAGUGUACUUUAAUAUGGAUUCCAUGUGCAUUGUUUAAAACAAAACAAAACCUUGCACACAUGAACAUUUGAAUGAAAACUAUAGCUGCAAAGGUAACACGUUUACAUGAUUUUUACACUAGCAGUGCUGCGAUCACUGAUUCUGUGUUCUCAGACAUACUGGAAGGUUCUUUGUUACCAACAACUUGUAAUGGACCCACUGCAGCUGUCAUUUAUGGACACGGACUUGUGCUGUUCCAGUAUGUGAUAGUUCUCUUGUUUUAAUCAUUAUAAAGAAUCCUCUGUGAUUUAGAACGCUAUUUAUCACUCAGUGUAAGAUAUUUUAAGCAUUUAUGUACAGACUUGAGGACUUUAAAAAGAAAAACUGUCCUGCACUGCAGUUAUAAACUGGUCCCUCCUGUCUGUGAAACUAAAAUCUGGGAAUUUUUUUUGUUGGAAAUAGGAAUUACAAAUAAGCACUUAAGGGGAAGUAGUCAUGAAAUUGUUUUCACAUUUUCUCCCCUGGUGUCAUGCACAUCAUGUGUUAUAAGCUGUGUGAACUCUGCUUACAGAUCUAGAGACAUCGGUGGGUGGACUGAGGCUGUAGGUAUUAGGUUCAAACACUAAACUCUGCCAGGAACUUUCGAUAGUAAUGAGAAUUCUGACUGUUUCUCUCUGAGGGAAUUAAAGUUUUAUAAAUUUAAGUUACAAAUUCAAAGGGCUAACAAGUUCUUCAGGGUAAUGGUUUGAAUAAUAAUGUCCUUGGGUAUUUUUGAUAUUGGUCCAAUCUAGGGGAACCUGGAAAAUGAGGAGCUGUCUUCUGGCUUCCCCUGAGAGAGCUUCAUUAUCCCUGUGGAUAGUGAGUCUGCUUGAUUUAUUGUCAAAUCAUUGUAACAGUGUCACGGUGCCUUCAAGCCCCAUUUGAAUGGCCAGAGAGGGGAUAUAUAAGAUACGUUGGAGGCCCGAAUGGCAUUCUCUGUACAGUUCCAGAUUGCAGUGAGUUUAGAUGUGUAAAGCCAACUGCAGAUAGAGUUUAUAAAACAGGCCUCAAGUGCUGCACCAUUGAGAGCACAGGAAUGAUAAACGGGUUAGUAUAUGGUUACUGAUCUUUACAGGAAAUACACAAGCACCAUGAACGAAGAAUUAAAAGGGCCUUCUCUGUGAAUGCUCCAUGAGGAACAUAGCCAACACCUGGUCUGUAUUUGUGGAUUAGAGGAAUUAGAAAUCCUUUGCCUUAGUGGUUAGAUUUCCUUUGGGCAGUGGGAUACAACUAUUUUUCAGACCAAAGGGAAACUGAUUUAGUCUGACACCUUGCUGAAGUUUAUCUUGGUGUUUGGUGCUUCGAGGUGUAAUACCCUUCAUGACACAUCUGUGACACAGAACAGGUAUAAUUCCAUUCGGUGGCACAGAGGACUUUCUGCUACUGAAAACUGCCUUUUUUACAAAUGUCUGUAAAUAUUUGUUAAGUAAACAUGCUGGAACUAUGGAUUAGGUUUGGGCCAUCAGUGGAGCAGUGUCACCUGGGCAGACAGUCAAUGAGCAAAUAAAUGCUUAUUUAUGGAAGACUCA